AUGAACCCAUUAGCAGACGUUGAUGUAGUGUCGCACCCAACUGCUCGACUUCUUCAGGAUGUAGUGUGUUGCACCCAACUGCUCGACUUCUUCAGGAAAUCGCACCCAACUGCUCGACUUCUUCAGGAAAUCAAACAUCCGAGGGUCAACUAUCCUGCAGAUCAAUGGCUCCAAGUCUUCACUGCUGAUGACAUCCCUAGAUCAAUGGCUCCAAGUCUUCACUGA